AUACUCAGAAUAGCGCCGCUGCCAUGUUUGAGUUCCUCGCCACCACCAAGUCUCCUCAGGUCUUCGAGCAGUUGUGGAACCUUACUGGAACCCACAUCCACCAAAACCACUCCCUCGGUUCAAGCAGCUAUGCUCAGGGAUCUCUCAUCCCUGGCGCCAACUACUCCGCUCAGGAUGAUCAUGCUGGCGUGAAGGUUGCGGGAUUGUAAAACAUUGAUUCUUGUGUCAUGGCCUGUAUGGAACUUUAAGUAAAACAACUCUGUAGAG